AUGUGGUCCAAGCCUCUCCUGGCCCUUGCCGCCUUCGCCCUCACCCCCGCCGAUGCCAUAUGGCCUGUGCCUAAGAAGAUUUCUACUGGAGACAAGGCACUCUUCAUCGAUCAGACCAUUGAUAUCACCUACAAUGGAGAUUUUGUAUGCUGGACUCUUCCCGAUUCCGACUCUGGUUCUUGUAACCGCACUGCGCGACUUUAUACUGAAACUUUGCUUAAUGAACAGGUUCCAUACACUUACAACUACCAGCCUGAUGCCGGCUCCAAGUUCAGCAGCAAGCAGAUUGUUCAGGCUGGUGUCUCGCGUGCCCUCCAGGGCAUCUUCAAAGACAACUUUGUGCCCUGGAAGCUUCGCGAGCGCGGUUCGGAUUUUGAGCCUGAUCUGCAGAAGAAGACGUGGGUGAAAUCGCUUGAGAUUACUCAGACUGAGGAGGAUGACAAGAGCACCUUCAAACCUCUUGCCGGUGAAGUUGACGAGUCGUACUCGCUCUCGCUCUCUGAAGAUGGUAAGGCUUCCAUCAAGGCCAAGACCUCCACCGGUGUCCUGCACGGACUUGAGUCGUUUCUUCAGCUCUUCUUCAAGCACAGCUCUGGCACUUCCUGGUACACGCCGCAUGCACCGGUCUCAAUUGAGGACAAGCCCGAAUAUCCUCACCGAGGUAUCCUUCUCGAUGUCGCUCGUAACUUUUUCGAGGUUGAUCAUAUCAAGCGCACCAUUGACGCCAUGUCCUGGAGCAAGCUGAACCGCCUUCAUCUUCACAUCACUGACUCGCAAUCCUGGCCGCUUGAGAUUCCCGCCCUGCCCAAGCUGGCUGAGAAGGGAGCUUACCACAAGAGCCAAACCUACUCUCCCGAGGAUCUCGCUAGCAUCCAGGAGUACGGUAUCCACCGUGGAGUCGAGGUAAUCCUGGAGAUUGACAUGCCCGGCCACAUUGGCGUUGUUGAGCUCGCGUACAAGGACCUUAUUGUCGCUUACAACGAGAAGCCGUAUCAGUGGUGGUGCAAAGAGCCCCCAUGUGGUGCGUUCCGAAUGAACAGCUCCGACGUCUAUGACUUCCUCGACACCUUAUUCGAUGACCUUUUCCCUCGCAUCGCCCCUUACAGCGCUUAUUUCCACGCUGGUGGAGACGAGUUGAACCACAACGACUCCAGGCUUGAUCCUGAUGUGCGCUCCAACGAGACUAGUGUCCUGGCACCUCUUUUGCAGAAGUUUGUCGACUACACCCACGGCAAGAUUCGCGACGCUGGAUUAGCUCCGUUUGUGUGGGAAGAGAUGAUCACUGAGUGGAACAUGACGCUGGGCAAGGAUGUGGUGAUUCAGUCUUGGCUCGGUGGCGGUGCUGUCAAGGACUUGGCCGAGGCAGGCCACAAGGUCAUUGACAGCGACUACAAUUUCUGGUACCUUGACUGCGGUCGUGGGCAGUGGCUCAACUUUGACAACGGCCCGGCCUUCCAGACCUACUACCCCUUCAACGACUGGUGCGGUCCUACCAAGAGCUGGCGGCUCAUUUACUCUCACGAUCCUCGUGCUGGUCUGUCGGAGGAAGCGGCCAAGCUUGUUCUCGGUGGUGAGGCGGCGGUCUGGACUGAGACCAUCGACCCCGUCAACCUCGACACCAUUGUGUGGCCUCGCGCGGCUGUGAUGGGCGAGGUCCUCUGGUCAGGCCGUACUGACGCCUCGGGUCAGAACAGGUCGCAGUACGACGCUGCACCUAGACUGGCUGAGCUGCGUGAACGCAUGGUAGCACGUGGUGUUAGUGCUUCACCUAUUCAGAUGACAUUCUGUACACAGGGCAAUGCCACUGAAUGUGCACAAUUUGAUGGAUGA